UCCCAAGCAAGGCAAUUAAGAAUCCUCAAACUCAAACAUCAUCACACCCUAUUCAACUUUCUUUCAUUCUCUUUCUCUCUAUACCUCAUCAGAGAAGAACAAGAAGUUAUGAUUUUUGUCACACCAAUUCAUGUCCAAGAUAUCCAUGGAUAAUUCUGAUCACAGAAACCCUUCUUUCCCUACCUUGAUUCACUCUCGCUUCUUCCUCUUUGGUUUCUAUUGCUGGGAUUGGGAAUUCUUAACCGCUCUCCUCCUUUUCAGUUCUUCUUCCUAGCUCCUAAGCUUAUAGUUAACAUACAUAGUUACAUUUUUUAUUAUUUUUCCUUAUUAAUACAUCAAGGUAGCUUACAAGAGAAAAAAAAAAAAGUACAGAUUUUUUUAUUUGUUUUUAAAAAAAAAUAGUUAAAAAAUUUGUAAGGUGGUAGGUGGAGGGGUAAAUCGGUCAAGGAGAAAUGUCGCAGCGGUCGACGCCGGCACCGUUUUUGGUGAAGACGUAUCAGCUGGUGGAGGAUCCUGCCACGGACGACGUGGUUUCAUGGAGUGAAAGUGGUGGCACGUUUGUGGUGUGGAAACAUGCGGAUUUUGCUAGGGACUUGCUUCCCAAGUAUUUCAAGCACAACAACUUCUCCAGCUUUGUUCGCCAGCUCAAUACUUACGGGUUUCGAAAGAUCGUUCCUGACAAAUGGGAAUUCGCGAACGAGUGCUUCAAGCAAGGCCAAAAGGAGCUGCUAGUGGAAAUCAAGCGGCGGAAGACGGUGUCAGUAACCGGCAAACCUGGUGGCGCAAACUCGGCGUCAAACUCUGGCGGCGAUGACUUGGGUUCAACGUCGACGGGAUCAGUGGACGCAGCGGCGGUGCCAACUGAUUUAUCAUGCGAGAACGAGAAAUUGAAGAUAGACAACGAGAAAUUGAGCUGCGAGCUGGAGCAAGCAAAAAAGCAAUGCGACGAGCUCGUGGCGUUUCUGAGGGAGACACUCGAUGUGGGGCCCGAUCAGAUAAACUGCAUGAUUCGGCAAGGAACUAAUGGGUCCAGCAACGAUGUGGUGGUAGAUGAGUGUAGUGGGGAGAAUUUGAAAUUGUUUGGUGUAUGGCUGAAUGGAGAAAAGGGAGAGAAAGUGAUUGCCACACCCACCAUUACCAAGGGUAACUGCCGCAAGAGAUCGAGGCGUGAAGAACCUGUUGGUGGUCGUGCUAAAGAGAUUAAGACUGUUGUCUAGGACUGGUGUCGAGGUUGCUAUACUAUUUUUAAGAAUGUUUAGUUCAGACUCUUGUCCAUCAUGAUAAAAAUGCAUGAUGAUGGUUAUGUAGUGUAAAAUACAUUUGUAUGAUCUGAAUUUAAUAUGGAUGUUGUAUGUUAUUGAAUUUAAUUGAUAAACUUUAAUAAGUAUAGUUAAUGAUA